UUGCGGAUGGCGAGAAAUAGGUUCUCCCGCUCCCGCCGCUGCUGCUGGAGCAACCCUAGAACAUCUCUGUUCACGCUCCCGAGUUAUUAAUAAAGUUAUCGUUAAACAUUUUUUUAAAAAGUGAGACAGCUGGUUUAGACGAGUGUGCAGGGAGGCGCUGGCGGUGGCGGCGACGGCAGCGGCGGUGGUUGCGCCGCGACCGCAACUGAGAGGAGCUGGUUCCGCUGGGGCGGGCUUGGAGCAGUUGUAUUUCAGUUCAAUUCAACAGACAUUAUUAAGCACCAACUAUUUUCAAGGCACUGGUAGGUGCUGAGGAGAUAAAGACAAACAAUGAAACAGUCCCUGCCCUCAAGGAGCCUUCAUUGUACUGAGGGUACACAACAUAUACACAAAUUUGAGAGAAAAAAUCUAAAUAUCUGAAAUUAGUGUUGAUACAAAAAUUUAUCUUCAAUUCAAAAUGUUGGAAGAGGAUGUGGAAGUGGCCAUCAAGGUGGUGGUUGUUGGGAAUGGAGCUGUUGGGAAAUCAAGUAUGAUUCAACGAUAUUGCAAAGGCAUUUUUACAAAAGACUACAAGAAAACAAUUGGAGUUGAUUUUUUGGAAAGACAGAUCCAAGUUAAUGACGAAGAUGUCAGGCUAAUGUUAUGGGAUACAGCAGGUCAAGAAGAGUUUGAUGCAAUAACAAAGGCUUACUACCGAGGAGCCCAAGCUUGUGUACUUGUGUUUUCUACUAUAGACAGGGAAUCUUUUGAAGCAAUUUCCAGUUGGAGAGAGAAAGUAGUAACUGAAGUUGGAGAUAUCCCAACUGUACUUGUACAGAACAAAAUUGACCUCUUGGAUGAUUCUUGUAUAAAGAAUGAAGAAGCUGAGGCAUUGGCAAAAAGGUUAAAGUUGAGAUUCUACAGAGCUUCAGUGAAAGAGGACCUAAAUGUAACUGAAGUUUUUAAAUAUUUAGCAGAAAAAUAUCUUCAGAAACUCAAACAACAAAUAGCUGAAGAUCCAGAAUUAAUGCAUACAAGUAGUAACAAGAUUGGUGUCUUUAACACAGCUGGUGGAAGUCACUCUGGCCAGAAUUCUAGCACGCUUAAUGGUGGAGAUGUCAUCAAUCUCAGACCUAACAAACAGAGAACCAAGAAAAACAGAAGCCCUUUUAGUGGCUGCAGUAUACCCUAAAGCCAUUUUGAGGGGGAGGAGGAGAGGCACUAAUUGAUAGAAAUUGAGUUAAGCUGUACAAUUAGCAGCCUUUUCACCAACUGGAUCUCUGAUAGAUGGUAGACUUAAAUAUUGCUGUGGCACUGUUCUUUAGAAUGUACAAGGAGACCUCUGGUGGCAUAAUUAGAAUCACUGCUACUCCUGUGCAAUCACUUUAAUUUUUUUAUAUAUACACACAUAUAUAUAAUUAGACGAUGCUUUUCCUGUUUUGAAGGAACAUUUUAAAGACAUGAAAAACAGGUUUUGCUGAAUUUUCAAGGAUACAAAAAAACAAACAAUGCAUAAACCUUGGUACAGAUCUUCAUAUUAAGUAUGAACUAAAUGAAGCAGCAUAUUCUUUUAUGUAAUUGAUCAGUCAGCCUUUAGGGAAAAGUCAUAUUGGAUCUUGAACACCUAUGAUAAAAAUAAUAACG